UCAUUUCUCAUUUCAACUUUCUCAACUUAUAUACCCUUUCUCUCAUUUUUUUUCCAUCUUCCAAAUUCCAACUUCACUACUCAAUUCCCCAUUUUAUCAUCUCUCUCACUCAACUACAAGCCACAAGCAAACGUUUUGUUCAAGCAACAAAUCAAAGCAAUUCAUCUUUAUCUAAGUCUAUAAAAGGAAGCAAACAUGGAAGAAGAGACAAAAGCCAUUCCAGAAGUUCCAGUGACAAAGGUUGUCGAAGAGGUGGUUCAGAAAGAUGAAAGCAUUAAGGAAACAAAUGGAGACUUGCUGCCUAGGGAAAUAUCCGAAGCAAAGAAAGACGAGGAAGAUAAUGCCUCAGAUGGAGAAUUCAUUAAAGUCGAGAAGGAAGAGAAUGUGUUGGAUGAUGCGUCCCACAAAACAGAAAGAAGCUCAGAUCCUCCUAGCAGAGAAUUUCUUGAAGCACAAGAGAAGGUUCGGGAACUCGAGGUUGAACUGAAAACAGUUGCAGAAUCUUUAAAAACCUCUGAACAUGAAAACUCUCAGCUGAAGGGAGAGAUCUCAGAUACAAAAGAGAAAUUAGAAGAAACUGGAAAGAAAUACGAAGAUCUUGAACUGAGUCACAAGAAGUUGCAAGAUCAGAUUAUUGAAGCCGAGAAAAAAUACAAUCUGCAGCUCAGCACUCUUGAAGAGGCACUGCAAAGUCAAGAAGUUAAGCAGAAAGAGCUUCUUCAGGUGCAGGAAGCGUUUGGUGAUAUGAACGUUGAGCUAGAAAGCUCCCGAAAGAAGAUGCAGGAAUUGCAGCAUGAGCUGCAACUUUCUACAGACGAGGCACGGAAGUUUGAGGAGCUGCAUAAGCAAAGUGGUUCACAUGCUGAAUCUGAGGGAAACAAGGCGGUAGAAUUUGAGAGACUUCUUGAAGAAGCGAAAUCGAGUGCGAAAAGCAUGGAAGAUGAGAUGGCUUCUCUGAAGGAAGAAUUGAAGGGAGUUCAUGAUAAGAUUGCUGAAAAUCAAAAGGUUGAAGAAGCACUUAAAACAACUGCAGCAGAACUUUCUGCUAUUCAAGAGGAGUUGACACUCUCCAAAACACAGCUAUUGGAAGUUGAGCAAAGAUUGUCUUCAAGAGACUCCCUAGUAGACGAGUUGACCGAGGAAUUAAACCUGCGAAAGACUUCGGAAACACAGAUAAAAGAAGACAUGUCAGCACUUCAAAACUUAUUUGUCUCUACAAAGGAAGAGCUACAAGAAAAAGUUUCUGAAUUGGAAAGUGCAAAGGUCAAGCUGCAAGAGGAGGAAAAAUUGAGAGAAUCAGUCGAAGUUACAUUCAAGAGUCAGGAAGCACAGUUUGUUUCUGUACAAGAAGAGCUGACUAAGCUUAAUGCAGAGAAAAAAGGACUUGAGGAAACUGUUGAAGAUCUAACCGUUAAUGCAAAGCACUUUAAGGAGUUGUGCAGUGAUUUAGAGGAAAAACUAAAGCUUUCGGACGAAAGUUUUAGUAAAACAGAUUCUCUUUUAUCUCAAGCGCUUUCAAACAAUUCUGAGCUUGAACAGAAGGUGAAGUCUUUGGAAGAUCUUCAUAAUGAAUCCGGAGCCGUCGCAGCUACUGCCAGUCAAAGAAGUCUUGAGCUUGAAGGACAUAUUGAAGCUACAAAUGCAGCUGCAGAAGAGGCAAAAUCACAGCUUAGAGAGCUUGAAACACGCUUCAUAGCGGCAGAGCAAAAGAAUGUGGAGCUUGAGCAACAACUAAAUUUAGUGCAAUUGAAAGCCAAUGAUGCUGAGAGAGACGUGACUGAAUUCUCUGAGAAAAUAUCUCAUCUCGACGCUAAAUUGAAAGAGGCUGAGGAAGAGAAGAAUCUUCUUAAUAGCCUACUGCAGGAGCACAUGGAUAAGUUAAGUCAACUUGAAUCAGAUUUAAAUCAAUCAACCCAGAAGAAUUCACAAUUGGAGGAGGAGCUUAAGAUUGUCAAAGAGAAAUGUUCUGAGCAUGAAGAUCGAGCCACCAUGAACAAUGAGCGCAGCCGAGAACUAGAAGAUUUGAUUCAGAGCUCUCAUUCCAAAUCAGAAAGUGCCGAAAAGAGAGCGAGUGAGUUGGAGUUGCUACUUGAAACAGAGAAAUACAGAAUUCAAGAACUUGAACAACAAAUAAGUGCAUUAGAAAAGAGAUGCAGUGAUUCAGAAGAAAACUCCAAUAAAUAUCUUGACAAUGUCUCCGAUCUGACAUCAGAACUUGAAUCGUUUAAAGUUCGAACCUCAAGCCUUGAAAAUACGCUGCAAACGGCCAAUGAAAGUGAAAUAGAGCUAAAAGAAUCUUUAAAUGCUGUGACGGAUGAAAAGAAAAAGUUAGAAGAUGCUUUGAACAGUUUGAGUGAGAAGCUUGCUGAGUCAGAAAACCUAUUGGAAAUUGUGAGGGAUGAUUUAAAUCUUACACAAGUUAAGCUGCAAAGUACAGAAAAUGAUCUCAAAGCUGCUGAAUUGAGAGAGAGUGAGAUAAGAGAAAAACAUAAUGCCAUUGAAGAAAAUCUUGCUGUAAGGGGAAGAGAUAUAGAGCUUACUUCUGCAAGGAACUUAGAACUCGAAUCGUUACAUGAAUCUCUGACGAGAGAUUCCGAACAGAAGCUCCAAGAAGCUAUUGAGAAAUUUAACAGCAAAGAUUCUGAGGUUCAAUCUCUGCUUGAGAAAAUCAAGAUUUUGGAGGAAAAUAUUGCAGGAGCUGGGGAACAGUCUAUAUCUUUGAAGAGUGAAUUUGAAGAGAGUUUGAGCAAACUGGCUUCUUUGCAAAGCGAAAAUGAAGAUUUGAAAAGGCAAAUUGUUGAAGCUGAGAAGAAAACUUCACAGUCAUUUUCCGAGAAUGAAUUACUGGUCGGAACAAACAUUCAACUGAAAACCAAGAUUGACGAACUUCAGGAGUCAUUGAACAGUGUUGUGUCAGAGAAGGAAGUCACUGCUCAAGAACUUGUGUCUCAUAAGAACUUACUAGCUGAAUUGAAUGAUGUACAAUCAAAAUCCUCCGAAAUUCAUUCUGCCAAUGAAGUUCGCAUCCUUGAAGUAGAAUCAAAAUUGCAAGAAGCAUUGCAGAAGCAUACUGAGAAGGAAUCAGAAACCAAAGAAUUGAAUGAGAAGCUGAAUACCUUAGAAGGACAGAUAAAGAUUUACGAAGAACAGGCUCAUGAAGCUGUUGCAGCUGCUGAAAAUCGUAAAGCUGAGCUGGAAGAGAGUCUCAUAAAACUAAAGCAUCUUGAAGCAGCAGUUGAGGAGCAACAAAACAAGUCACUCGAGCGUGAAACAGAAACUGCUGGAAUAAAUGAGGAAAAAUUGAAACUUGUUCAGGAAAUAGCCGUCUACGAAUCCAAAUUGAGUGAUUUACAGUCAAAGCUCUCUGCUGCACUUGUCGAGAAGGACGAAACAGUUAAAGAGAUACUUGCAUCAAAGAAUGCUGCCGAAGACUUGGUGACACAGCAUAAUGAAGAAGUGCAGACAUUAAAGUCACAGAUAUCUUCGGUAAUAGAUGACAGGAACUUGCUCAAUGAGACUAAUCAGAAUCUAAAGAAGGAGCUUGAAUCUAUAAUACUUGACCUUGAAGAGAAGUUGAAGGAGCAUCAGAAAAAUGAAGACUCUUUGAAAUCUGAAGUUGAAACUCUUAAAAUUGAGAUUGCUGAGAAAUCUGCAUUGCAAAGUAGGCUGCAUGAAAUUGAAGCGCAACUCGCGAAAGCUGAAUCUAGACUACAUGAAGAGGUUGGAAGUGUUCAGGCUGCUGCUUCUCAAAGAGAAGUAGAUUUAAGUUCAAAAUUUGAAGAUUAUGAACAAAAAAUCAGUGAAAUAAAUGUGCUGAAUGGAAAGGUGGCAGAACUUGAGAAAGAGUUGCACCUUGCACAGGAUACUAUAGCUAACCAGAAAGGAGAAGAAUCUCAGAAGUUGGAACUAGAGGCAGCCCUGAAGAAUUCUGUAGAAGAACUUGAAACUAAGAAAAAUGAAAUAUCUCUUUUGCAGAAACAAGUAAUAGAAUUUGAGCAGAAAUUGCAACAAGCUGAUGAGAAAAUCUCAGUCAAGGGUGAGGAGGCUGUUGAUAAGAAAGAUGCAUUGGAAGUGAAAUCAAGAGACUUUAGCAUCUCAUCUCCAUCAAAAAGGAAGAGCAAGAAAAAGUCAGAAGCAACAACUCCUCAAACAUCCACUUCUUCGUCCGAGACUCAUAUUCAACCCGGCCAUGAUUCGCCUAUCAUGAAUUUCAAGUUCAUCCUCGGAGUAGCUCUUGUAUCCAUUAUCUUCGGCGUCAUUCUUGGGAAGCGAUACUAAUAUCGCCAAUAUGUAUUUUGGUUUUUUCUAUUUAUUUUUCUCAUGCAUGGUUUUUCCAUGAGAUUUGAAAGCUUUCAAACUUCAGUCUUGAGUUGGUCAGGGAACUUAUUUUUGUGUCUAUCCCUUGCCUGUGUGCAAGAGAAAUGGGAGUUGAUUUAUGCUUGGUUUAAUUUUUAGUUUGGACUAUAUAAAUUUUGAAUGCGGGUUGUUUUGCUUUGGAGUCCAUUUUUCAUCUCAAUUGAUGUCUGGAAUUGAGGACUUGGGGGAGCUAUAGAACAGUUCUUAAACUGGUGAACUAUGGUGUAAAGAGUUAAGACUAUUAUUAUUCCCUAUCUCCUCCUUACUGUGUAUAAUAUUUGGAAGAAAAAAAA